AUGAGCUCUCCCAGCGAGAACUUCUCCCCAUUUCCGUCUCCUCUACAUAAUACGGGCCGAUAUCCUUCACCUCCUCAUUCGCGCUCCUCUCAUGAAUCUGACGAUUCGCUACGAGCUCUUGAACUCUCUGGGGGGCUGGCCCCCAAUACUCAUCCUCGUCGGGAACGCUCAUAUUCGAUAGCCGGGUUCGGCUUUGAACGAGAUCUGCUCCCACUGAGUGCCAGUGUCAGUGAAAGGGAUGAAGUUCGAAUAGCGUCUAAUGAUAAAGAUAUCAGUUUGAUGAAUGGCAUUGCUCUGGUUGUGGGCCUGCAGAUUGGUUCAGGCAUUUUUUCAUCUCCAGGCGUGGUCGUAGGCAACACCCAAAGCGUUGGCGCAAGCCUGAUAGUAUGGUUAUUAUCUGGGUUGCUGGCAUGGACAGGUGCAAGUAGUUUUGCCGAGCUGGGCUCAGCCAUUCCUUUAAAUGGAGGUGCACAGGCGUAUCUGGCUUACUCUUAUGGCCCUCUUGUCUCGUAUCUGUUUGCCUGGACAGCCAUCGCUGCUCUCAAGCCAGGUUCGAAUGCUGUGAUCAGUCUUAUUUUUGCGGAAUACUUGAACCGAUUGUUCUGGCAUGCUACGGUCAGCGACGCACCGCCGGACGCGAUCCCUCAGUGGGCUAUUCAGAUCACGGCCAUCAUAGCUGUCCUGAUAGUUACUAUUGUCUGCAUUGCUACGCGGAAUCUUGGAACUCAUACUGCCGUUGUUUUCACGGCUGUCAAGAUCAUCUCCCUAGUAUUAAUAGCAGUCCUUGGUAUCAUACAGCUGGUCAGAGGUAGAGCAUCGACUUCCCUCACUUCAAAUAUCUUCGAGGGUACAAACACGAGUCCGUCUUCUUAUGCGCUGGCUCUCUACUCUGGCCUAUGGGCUUUUGAUGGAUGGGAUCAAGCAAACUAUGUUGGAGGUGAAAUGAAGCACCCAGAAAAAAAUAUACCCAGAGCUAUCCACUCUAGCAUGAUAAUCGUGACGGUGAUUGGGCGACUGCACUCAUGUCUAGAACAUAUACUCAUCUGUCUUAGACAAGGACGAAGUAAUACAGUUGCGCUCGACUUCGGCAGAGCUCUAUUUGGACCGAUUGGAGGUUCUGUCUUCGCCAUCAUGGUUGCGAUGUCAUGUUUCGGAGCAUUGAACGGAUCCUUUUUUACUUCGGGACGUCUUAUCUAUGCCGCCGGACGGGAGGGAUACCUCCCUGCCCUGUUCGGUCGUCUCCAUCAAACCCGACAAACGCCUCUCAAUGCUAUGUGCUUGCAAGCGACGAUCACUAUCCUUUUUAUUAUCCUCGGAGGUGGCUUUAGAUCGUUAAUAAACUUCGCUGUCGUUGCAUCGUGGGCGUUUUAUUUCCUCACGGUUCUAGGCCUUGUCAUACUGCGAAUCAAGGAGCCUAUGCUAAAAAGACCUUACAAGACAUGGAUCACGACACCUCUGAUAUUCUGCGCAGUCGCCUUGUUCCUACUCUGCAUGCCAAUAAUUGCGGCACCGCUGGAGGCAAUGGCUGUUCUUGGCUUUGUGCUUGUCGGAAUACCCAUAUAUUAUAUCACUCAACGUGGAACAGAUAUUCAAUUACCGGGAAAGUUAUCAUUUUUGUCGUCCUGGAUUUCCAGGAUGCGUGGGCGUCCAACUGCGGCUCCAGGAUUUGGUUGGGAAGCUGUUGCUACAGAAGGCGAUGAGGGAGUGGAGAUGGCGCAGGCCCGCAGCGUCCAGUGA